AUGUAUUAUAGUAAUAGCUCAUCCUCCCUAAUCAAAUCUCCCUAUGGUCACAUAAUCACUAAAACCCCCUUCACUAGAUAGAAUAGACCAUAAGAGAAAUUGGCCGAUUAAUCAAUUAUGUCUCAAUAUCAAUCUCCUACGCUGCGAUAAGCCAUGUCACCAAGAGCAGCCAGAGAAUACUUAAAUAGUUUAAAAAGCUUCAUCAAUCAAUACGAAUCCAAACCCAUCGAUGAAAGUAGAAUUGCUUCUCAAUCCAAUCAUCAAACCAAUUAAUAAUUGCCUUACCUAUAUUUUCCUAUUGCAAAUAGACUGAAUGAUGAAAUCAAACUGAUGACUCCUUAAAGAAUCGAAAUCAAAAAAUUAAAUUAAGACGGAACUGUGCACUCCUUAAAAUACUAUUACUUGAACUAACCAGUUUUGAGUAGUUCAAAUGAUGUUAUUGGAUAAAAACUGAUAACUAUAAUAGGAUUGAAUCACAGUGGCAAAUAAUAGUUGUUUAUAGAACUCAUUAAAAAAGUUAUGCCUAAAUAUUUUAAGUUAUCCAUCCAAGCAGAUCAAGUUAAUAAAUAACUUAAUGUUCAAAUCAAUGAUGAUUUUAAAUCGACAAUCAAAAGUCUAAAAGCAGAUUUAAAGAAUUAUCAACUAAUUGCAUAAAGUGAUUAACAUGUUCUUGUAUGUCGAGGACAAUAGGGAUUCGUUAGAGAUAAAAAGGAUAAAGGCAUUCUAAUUUUAUGCAUUAAGCCAGGAAAAGAAACAAAAUAGCAUUGUGUCUAAACGCUUAAAUUGAUAGAAAGUAUAUAAAGGAAUUGA